AUGAACCAUCAACUGAACGAUGACAACGACGACCAAGAUGAUGAUGACAAGGACAAUGAUGUUGAUGAUUAUGCUGAGGAGUUUGGGAUAAGAAGGGAAGAGACACCAAACAUUGCUUUGACAUCACUUUUGCUAAUAACAUUCCCUCAGCAAAACCCUACAGUCAUGACAGCAAAUAACUGCCAUUAUUUUCAUGUGCCAAAAAGUUAGAA